CUCAUUAAUAAUGCACAGCUGAUCUCAAUCAGAUGAGCUUCGUUUGACUUCAAUUUCGUUGUGUCAUUAAGGGGACCUCAAGAAUUCUAUCUACUGGCCAGUAGGUAGGAUAUAGAAUGUCUCAGGGUCACACAACAAGUUCCAGUUAGUGGUUGAAGAGUUCCUAUAAUAAGGAACCGUUUGCCAAAUCCAGUGAAGAGACCUUUCCUGUACUUUAAAAUUCAAAUAUGAGGACAAUAGCCAUUGUGAGUAGACCACAGGGGCAGUAGUAUUCUAGAUGUUGCCAGAAAAUGGAGGAGAAGAAGGGAAUGAUGACAUCUUGCUGUCUGGAUCAGAAUGCUCUGAGGACCCAGGAGCUCAUCUGGUGAGCCAUAUCGACAUAUACAAGGGGGUUCUGAAAAGUUCUUAGUUUUGAGUAAAAGAAAAUACAGGAGUAUCAGCAAGGAAUGGCGGGUUUCACAGAAGGAGUCGUCAUGAACAGCUGCCCCGACGACGACCGAUCACAAUGUGACAACAGUUCGGAAAUGACUUUCGUUCGACUUCUAUCUCCUCGUGUUAAUGAUGUUCCUACGUCGGAAUAUGACCAUGCCGCCCAUUGUAUGAUAUAUUGCCGAACGAAUAAAGCUUGGUUUGGGAACACGAUAAAAGCUAACAUCAUGAUGCAGUUUCGCUUUGAUGGAUGCAUAGGAUUUCCUGGUGGCGCUGUGGAGGCAAAUGAAACAAUUGUGAUGGGACUAAACCGAGAGCUACAAGAAGAAAUUGCUUUAAAUCUUGACAAAUACUCUAUCAAAGAUAGUGACCAUCUUGUAUCACAUAUUUACAAAGAAAGAAAUUUUGUACUACAUUUCUUUAUAAAGUCUGUGACAGAGGAGGAUUUCAACGAAAUACAAGCAGCAGGUCUUACUUCAGAAUUUUAUGGAACAGAGGUAAUGGGAACAGUUAUCCCACCACUGUUUACUAUGUCCAAUGGAAUAUCAGGUUUACCAAACUUUCUUGCCAAUAUGUUUAUUGGUAAUGCAAAACAACAGCUAUUAUAUGCAUUAGAAUCCUGUGAAAUUCUCUCCAAGACUGAAAUCAAUGAAGCUGUGAUGAAAAGUAAAAUAAUCAAGAAACAAAAUGUUUAAUGCAAAUUCUAUUCAUUUGGAACAUUUUUAAGAAUUUUAUUCUUUUAGAACAUUUAAAAAUUAUAUUCAUUUGGAGCAUUAAAAAAUUUUAUUCAGGAGGAACAUUUCAUUGUUUACAUUUUGAGCAUCACCUAUCUUAGGAAAAAUUGUGGACAGUACACUUACAUUCUCAGACUAAAAUCUCAAAAAUAAUGGUUGAAAUAAAAGUUUGUUGGUAACUGAAAAUUUUUGUACUGAAUAACAAAGAAAAUUUGUUUUGAUUGAUUAAACAUACUCUUUAUAAUU